UAAAAACAGUCCCAUUAACAUACACGAUAUGUUUAGUCUACACGAGUAAAUGUGCGAAUAACUAACUACCUACUAUUCAUAUUGAAAUGCAAACUUGUAUGCUUAUUAUUGUGUCAUUACUUUACCUAUAUUUUUUGGAUUUUUAACAAUUUUUUAGUUCAAGACAAUGCAUACAAGAAAUUGAAAAAAUAAAUAGUAAAUUUUCCGCGUUAAGAAUGAGUAUAUCGUUUUUCAAAGUGCAUUGCGUAAUAGCUACUGUUAUGAUUGUUGUACUCAACUGUUUCUUGUACUACACAUUGUUUUGCUCAGAACAUAAAUUGCAAUAUUCAGUGAAGACCAACGAAAAAAUGACUUGUGUAGUGAGUUCUUUGUUGCUAUUGUCGUUAUUUUCCAAUGCAAAAAGUGAGAUAUGGACGUGGACUUGCGAAAAUGAUAAGUGCGUGAAAAAAGAAUACCUGGAGAAAAAUGUGAGAAGCAACACUGCAGAUUAUGCUCCAUUGGAAGUUUGUAAAUUGAUGUGCGGACCAUAUGGAUCAAUUUGGCCUCGUCCAACGGGACAGAUCUCCCUCAGCAAAAAUGUCACUCCUAUUCACCCGGACGCAAUUAAAUUCGAUUUUACACAAAUACCAGAGAGCAACGACCUGCUGGCUACGCGUAAUUUGAUGAUACAAAUGAAACAAAAAUUUCUGCAAGAUUUGAAGACUGUUUGUAAUCCUGGUUGCAUCAAAGUUUGUGAUACGAAUGUUGUCAUUAAAAUAUCGACAGUUUCUUCUGAUGUGAAAAUCACUUGGAAUACAGAUGAAUCGUACCAACUUCGUGUGAAUACAGUGGGAAAAAACAUUGUAGUUUACAUUCACGCGAUGACAAUUUUCGGAGCACGACAUGCUUUAGAAACCUUGUUUCAGCUGACAACAGUGGUUCAGAGAAAUGAUACCCGUUCCUUGAUACUGAUUUCUGAGGCUUCGAUUCUCGAUCAACCUGUUUACCCUCAUAGAGGACUUUUGAUAGAUACCAGUAGGAAUUACCUAAAAAUAAGCACAAUCGAAAAUAUUAUCAAUGGCAUGGCACACUCAAAAAUGAACGUCUUGCAUUGGCAUGCUACAGAUUCGCACAGUUUUCCUCUGCAACUCCCAAGGAUUCCAGAAAUGGCUGAGUACGGUGCAUAUUCGUCACGAGAAGUAUACACUUUACAGGAUAUAAGUGACAUUUUACAUUACGCAAAAAUACGAGGAAUCCGAGUUUUGAUGGAAAUUGAUUCUCCAGCCCAUGCUGGAAAUGGUUGGCAGUGGGGAGAAAAAAGUGGUCUCGGAAAAUUGGCGGUUUGUAUAAACCAAACACCUUGGAGAACUUAUUGCAUUCAGCCACCUUGUGGCCAGUUGAAUCCGUUCAACCUCAACACCUAUAAAAUUUUGGGUUCGAUAUACAAAGAUCUAAUUAGCGUAUUUCCAAAGGGAGAAUCAUUUCAUAUGGGUGGUGAUGAACUCACUUUCGAAUGCUGGAAUUCAACGGAUGAAAUUGUCGAGCAAAUGAAAAAAGAAGGAUUAGACCGAAAUUAUGAUGGUUUUCUACAACUAUGGGCAAAUUUUCACCUGAAAUCCAUGGCGAUGCUCGACGAUAUCAGAGGAAGCUCAAAAACUCCAAUUAUUUUAUGGUCAAGUCAAUUAACAACUCCAGAAAAUAUACACCUUCUCAACAAUCAAACAUCAAAGAUAAUAAUUCAAACUUGGGUAGAAGCAUCCGAUCCGAUACCCGCAGCGUUGCUCAAUUUGAAUUACAAGUUGAUAAUGUCUACGAAAGAUGCUUGGUACUUAGAUCAUGGUGUUUGGGGGAGAACAGUUUAUCACCCGUGGAGUAAGGUGUAUGAUAAUCGAAUUCCUGAAUUUUCAAAAGGUGUUCUCGGUGGUGAAGUGUGUAUGUGGGGAGAAUACGUGGAUGAUUCAGCAGUAGAAUCUAGAAUAUGGCCCAGGGCGGCUGCAGCAGCAGAGCGUUUGUGGUCAGAUCCAAAAAAUUCUAGUUCUCUGGCUCUGACAAGAUUUUUGCAGCAUAGAGAGAGAUUGGUACAGAUGGGAAUUCACGCGGAAGCAAUUAUUCCAGAAUGGUGUUUUCAAAAUGACGACCAGUGUUCCUAAUACAGAUUGUAAAAUUCAUUAGGUAUUUCUAAUUUUAUGACAUAAUGAGAAAAAUGUAUAAACUUCGGCAGGAUUCUUGACUGAAUACACCUACAAGUAUGCGAGUAGGGUAGAAACCUACAUCAUCCAUCUGUACUCGCUUGUGCAGAAAAAAAUCAUAGUUUUCGUAAUUAAUGUAAUGCUUAAAUUAUUCGAUCUCUCUACAUUAAAAUUUUAAUUCAAAAUCAGUAAGUAAAAAAAUUGUAGAUGUACAAACUUAAAAAUUGAAUACUUCCGCUGAGUAAUUAGUUGAAAAUACAUUACAUAUACCUACACAAUAAUCAGUUUUUUUGAAACUGAAAUUCAGCAUUACUUGAGUAAGUUGAUAGGUACCAUAGGUAAUUUAUUUUUUUUCUCAUUCGACUCAUUACGCCAGGUUCCUACAUAAUACGAUAGCCUACAAUAAAUACUUAUUUUUGUUGGCAUUAUUAUAAUAAUUUUUUAAUGCUUUUCUUAAUACAUCAACUGUAAAUUUUG